GAGGGGCUGAGCCUGAGCGCCAGGAAACUGGCCGGGCAGGACCGAGAAGUCGCCCGUGGCUCCUUGGCCGGGCCUCGUCCCAGGUCCUGGGUCCCCGAAGUCACCGCGGCGGCGCCCAGACUGACAACUGGAAAGAGCCUCGUCUUCACCCCCGCAACCCUGGGCACUUCCUUACAGAGACUCACUCACCGGCCGGGGGGGCCUCCCGGGGCGCCGUCCCCGGAGCGCAGCACCUCGGCCCGGGGCCCCUCUUCCGCGCCCGCCCGGGGUCCCCGCUCCAGCGACGCCUUUCCAAACGCCGCCGGCCGAGCUUCCCCCGAGCCGGGGCCACGAAGCGUCGGGCCGAGAUUCGAAAGAGCGAUUCAAACUGAAAACCCCGAGGGCUUCCUCAGUCUAGGACUGAAGACUUUGGGCGGUGCCAGGAGACAGAGGUAUAGACGCACCCCAGGCUACCUUUUGCCGGUCACUCUCCUAAAACUGCAGGGAGGAAUGUCACUGGCUCACACCGCAGGUCAUCUUUUGCUGAUACUGCUGCUGAUAGAAGCCAGGAAGACUCUGGGCAAUGCCCACUCCCUGUGCCUUGACCUCACUGUCAAAUCUCAGUCCAGACCUGGCCAGCCCUGGUGUCAAGUCCAGGGCUCCGUGGACACAAAGCCUUUCCUCCAAUAUGACAGUGACAGCAAUGAGGUCAAACCUUUGGGUUUCCUGGGAAAGGAGGUAAACGACACGAAAGCGUGGACUGAAAUAAGCCAAACGCUGGUAGAAGCAGGAAAAGAGCUCAGGAUGGUCCUGCCUGUCAUCAAACUGGACAAAAAUGAGACGAGGGGUCCUCCCACCCUGCAGGUCAAGCUGUGUUGUCAACGUGAAGCCGAGCAAUGCUCUGGUGCAUCCUUGCACUUCAGUCUCAGUGGACGGACAGCCCUUCUCCUUGACACCAUGAGCAUAACCUGGACAGUCAUCGAUCCUGGAGCCACAGGCAUCAAGGAAGAGUGGGAGAACAACCAGGAACUGGCAGAGUAUUUCAGGACCAUUUCAACAGGAGACUGUAGUUAUUGGCUUAGGGAAUUCCUGAAACACUGGGAGAAGAUGCUGCUCCCAGAGCCCACAGAAUCACUAAUAAUGGCCGCAGAUAUCAGCCAGUCUGCAUCCAUCCGAUUGGUCUCUUCCAUUAUCCUAUUGAUCAUCACCCAGUUAGUUCUAAUUGCUUCAUCGUCAUGAAUAUUAUGAAGAAAUCAGGGACCACAGCAGAAUGCUGGACUGGUGACUGUCACCACCACGCCUCUCAACUGUGGCCCCCAUCUGAGAGUGCUUCUGAACCGCCCCACCAAUGAAAAGCUCCUGAUGCUGCUCCCUGUGGGGUACCCCAGCAAAGAUGCCGUGGUGCCCAACCUCGCACGGAAAACUCUGGAUCAGAUCAUGGUGACUGUGUAGGAAGGACACAGGCAGGCAGAUGCUGGAAGGUGAUGCCCUGCUCCCCUCUCCGGUUCCUCUUUCCCUGGGUGUCCCAUCUCCCUGGCACUCCACUCUGCAGGGGUGGCCACUCUGUGUGUCAAGAAACCUUUCCACUUUCUCCAGCACUUUGAGUCUGAGAAGGCCUGGUUCCAUUAGUGAGAUUAGCUGAACAUACAGAAUAAGGGAUGAACAGGUAUGUUCCUUUCCAUUUCUUAUCCACUUUGGAAAUGCAUUAAAUAUUUAUUAAGAAUA